AUGGCAACAGCAGAUAAUGAAAAUAUUAAUACAAAUACUGACGAAGUCACUUCACAAGUUGAAGCAGAAAAAGAGGAAGAACUGCCGAUAAUUGUAUCCAAGUUCGAGUACAUUAAAAUUGCAAAGCAAACAACAACGACGGUCGUUCUUGAGUGGAAGUACAAUGAUGAUAAAAUUGACUCUGAAAAUCCUGAAAAUCCUGAAAAGGUUUUUAAGAUAGUCAGGCUUAAGAAUCGCAAUGAAUGGGAAACAAUAAGUUGGACUCGUAAGUCAAUAUGUGUGAUGAAAAAUCUCGAGCAAAACACUUGCUACAGCAUUAAAAUUCUUGUUAUGAUACAAAUGCCUGAUAAGUUCGAUGUGAUUGACUCAUCUGAAGUUUUUAAGUGCUCUAUACAAGUUAUUCCAUCGCAUAAAACAUUCGUGCGUGCUAUACAAAAAUCUCAAUUGCACUUAAUUAAGUCAUAUCUGAAAUUAAUGCCUGACUAUUUGAACUUAACAUUCAAGUCCCACAGCGCUUUAUGUCUGGCUGUAAAGCAAAAUGAUUUAAGUAUUGCAAAAUAUUUCCUUGAUGAAGGAACGGAUGUUAAUGUUGGAAUUCCUGAAAUUAAACGGACACCGCUUCAUGUUGCAGUCUUUCAUGGCUUUCUUGAAAUGUCUGACUUGCUAAUUAGUUAUAAAGCAGACAUAAGAGCAAAAGACAUUAUGGGUCUUAAUGUAGCACAUCAUGCGAUUGACUCAAACAUCCUUGAAGCUGUUGAGUAUUGCAUCGAAAAUUUGGGAAUCCAUACGGAAACAAAAGAUAAUAAUGGAUAUACAUUAUUACUCAGAGCUAUUGUAGGACGUGCUGACUACAACAUUGUUCGCUAUCUGUUUGAUCAAAAAGCUUCUCAGUCUGUACGCGAUAAUGCUCGAUUAUCAAUUCUUCAACACGUGCGUAUGAUUAAUGAUCAGGAAUUGGUUGACAUAUUGCUUAAUUAUAAGCCAAAGAAUAAGUCAGAUGCCAAGCAAAAAAUGAAGCAUAAUGUACAGAAAUUGAUAAUGUCGAGGCAAAUGAAGAAGGAUGAAACUGAUGAGGAAACAGGUGAUGAGAGUAGUCAAGCUGUCUCGGCGCUCGAUCAAAGUGUGUUGUUUAAGUGA